GGACAUGAAAAAAAUACACACACAAAAUGCAUACAGCCUGAUGGUUCAGUGUUAACACUAUCGGAGUGUGGACAGUACAGUAGCCUGUCUGACCAUGUGAACCAGCAGUCUGGAUGGCCAGUUGAUCCUGCUAAUGGUUGAUCCUGCUAGUGGUUGAUCCUGCUAGUGGACAACUAGACUAUAGCAGGUCUACUGAAGAACCAGAGGACUGAGUUGGAAUAAUAACGUGGAGGAGAAAGGAGAAAGACAUGGCAAAACUACUAUCUGGGAUACUCUUCUGUCUGUUGGUAGGACUCUCUCUCCAGGACAAUGAGAAGAAACUCAAGACAAAAAGAACGGUCCCAGAUGUGUUGAAACCAAAGACGUUCAAAGGCAGGGAAUACCAGUCCAACUGUACAGCUGAGACAGGGCCCCCCAGCCUGGUCCCUCUGUCCCCUGGGCUGGAUGUGAGGCUGGAGGACCCUGCAGCAGCCUACACCACGGGGCUCCUCAGCACCAGGCUCAUCCCCUCAGCCUAUCUCCUGGCCAUGGCAGUGGGCAUCCCCUCUAACGCUUUCAUCCUGGCCUUCCUGAGGCUCCGGGCCAGGUCCUACUCCAUGGCUGUCCUCUACCUGAGCCUGGCCCUCUCCGACCUGCUCCUCCUGCUCUCCCUGGCCCUCCGCAUCCACUACCACCUCAACGGAAACAACUGGGUGUUCGGCGAGGUGGCCUGUCGCAUCGUCACCGCCUGUUUCUACUGCAACGUCUACUGCUCUGCCCACACCAUCGCGUGCAUCAGCCUCAAGCGCUACCUGGCCGUGGUGAGGCCCUUCCUCUACAGUCGGCUGCCCAAGAAGACCUGGACGCUGGGGGCAAGCCUGGGCAUGUGGGGCCUGUUUGGAGCAGCUGUGGUACCAGAGCUCCUGGUGAGGCAGAGCUUCUUGCUGCCCCGUAUGGGCCUCAUCACCUGCCAUGACAUACUGCCCCUGGAGGAGGAUUCCCAUGCCCUGCUGGUGCCCUACAGGCUGACACUGGUCUGCUUAGGGUUCCUCGUGCCAUUUGUGACCUGUGCCUGGACCCAUGUGGCGGUGGUGUGGCACCUGGGUCGCUCAGGCCUCGACUGGACACCCUUCAUCAGGGUCAGUACACUGGUCUUCCUCAUCUUCACUGUGUGUUUCGCUCCCAGUGGCGCCCUCCAUAUUGCCCACUAUGUGAGGCUGUCCACCAGUGGAGAGGACGGGAUGUAUGUUUACACCAGCGCUGCAGUGUGUCUGUGCUGUUUCCACAGCUGUCUGGACCCAUUCCUGUGUGUGCUCAUGUCCAGGACAACAACCUCCAGACUACGCUUUGCUUCGCUCAGAAGGACACCUCAGAGACUUGCUGUUCCGGUGUAGAGACUCUCUCUGUGUGUGUGUGUGUGUGUGUGUGUGUGUGUGUGUGUGUGUGUGUGUGUGUGUGUGUGUGUGUGUGUGUGUGUGUGUGUGAGAGAGAAAGAAGGCCGAUUUAAAGCAAUGCUAUUCGAGUGAUAGACUGUUUUAAAACUCUGCAGCAGCUGCAAAAAAAUUAUAAUUUACAAUUAAAAAACAAGGUGACCCUCAAAAGCCAGAUGGAGUUGGGUAAAUUAGACAUGCAUUCGGUCUUUAUAUUACUGUGGUAUAGGUUAUGCUGCAGCAAACGCAGGCCUACCUGUCACAAGAAAGAAAAAAAUUGUGACCAUAAUGAGAUGAUAGGUCUACAUGCAUUGUGUACUGCACUCCAUACUGAGAUGGGUCUGUCCCCACCCUAAGAGUUGAUUCAUCAUGCAGAGGUUGUAGUGAAGCCAGAUGUAGACAUUGCAUACAAUUUAACAGUUCCAUUUCAGACUAUGCUAUUCAGAUAAAUAUUUUAUUAUUAUUUACCGGUUUCUCGCAGUUAUUUAACCUGGGAAAAGAGUGGUUUUGGGUGGGAAAUCCCGGUAAAUGGGUUCCGCCAUUCUUAUGACUGACUGCAUUUCACACUACUUCUGGAUUAUAAUUGGACUGUAAAGCUUGUAUGAAUGUCCUGCUUAAUAUAAUGUUUGUGUCAUCAUCGCAAAAAUGGCACUUUGGCUAGCUUUGGUACAGUCUAUGUCAAUCAGUGUUAAUAUUCUAGUUAAUAACCUCUACAGGAUCGGUAUCCCAAUACUGGGAUGGUUGUUGCUAACGUGCACUAACGUGACUAGAAUGACAUUGUAAGCAACAGCCAACUUUCCAGGACAUACAGUGCCUUGCAGAAGUAUUCAUCCCCUUGGCGUUUUUCCUAUUUUGUUGCAUUACAACCAGCAAUUUAAAUGGAUUUUUAUUUUUUUUAUUUGGAUUUCAUGUAAUGGACAUAAACAAAAUACUCCAAAUUACAAAAGUGAAAUGAAAAAAAUAACUGGUUUCAAAAAUGUAAAAAAAAAAAUAAAUUGGU